AUGUCGGGAUUUGUCACCGGCCUGCUCACCUCAUGGGGUGAGGGUUACCUGCAGGAUAGAGCGACUGAAUUUGCUGAAGAGAACUUUCAGCCGACAAAAGAUCCGUUCUACGAGAAACUGCCUAAUGGGAAGCAAGUGCGCCGUAGACUGCCCGAUUGUUGUUCGAAACAAGAGAGCAAGGCUUGGAAAAGCUUACAGAACAAGGCGUGGUCCCACGACCGGAGUAUCUGUGGGUGUUGCUGCUGGACCCAAUGUGUUGGGUGGGCGCCGAUCAUGGCUAUCAUCCCAGUGAUUGGACCUGCCCUGAUGUAUUGGGUUCACGGUAAGCUGAUCAACUAUGCAGACAGACACUUCCAUCUGCCACCCGAUCUUCUAGUGAAACUGCAUGGGAACAUCGGUAUUGAUCUGGCAAUAAGUCUGAUCCCGAUUCUGGGGAUCUUGUUCUCGUGGCUGCAUGCCAGUUCCACGCGGAAUUGUGCGAUGAUCUACAACUUCGUCAGUAAGAGGGCUUACGAGAGGGAGGCCAUGGAGAAGCGAACGAGAGAACAGCAGGCGAUCCAGCGUACGGAAGUGCAACAGCACUACGACCGCCCACCCCAGCGUACGGAACAAGCUGUUUACCAUUCCCAGCAGCAAUACCAGCGGGCUCCUCGACAACAGCAACAGGUGAGACCUCCUCCGCCGGUAUAUCAAAGGCCUCCUCAAGCGGCACGUGCGCAGAGACCGUACCUAUGA